AUGAGCAUCGUUCGGAAUUCCACCGCGGAUUCCUCGGUUGUGUUGGUAACUGCGCCUGGAUGGUCCGAGAGGUCUCGUUCGGAUGGGUUGGUCCAGGUGGAAGCGGUGCGGUCUGAAAACGUCGAUAUUCCUAAAACAAACUUGAUUAAACACUUUGUCGAGUCUAGGUUCGGCGGUGAAACAAAGGAUGGUCAUUUGACAGAAAUGAAGGAAAUGCCGCUGAAGGUCACGCCGUCUCCGAAUCAACAAACCGAGGCGGAUGCAGACUUUGACGCCUGUCAACAAUACAACUGCGAAACGAGUGGAGAAAACGAAAAGGAGGAAGCUAGUGAUCUUAAUGGUCCUUUCGGUACUAUGAGUGCGUUUGCUUCCGCGGUUAUGUCCUCUAUCCUGCUGGAUGGCAAUAAUUCGGAAAGUCCGCAAUCAAACCCUUCUGUUGAAAGCGUUUCAAUGUCUUUUGUGCUUGGAAAGACAUACCAUCCGCUACACGACUAUUCCAUUCGUCGAGAUGAUGAAAGGUCGCUCUUCUGGUUUACGUACCGCUGCGACUUUCCGGAGAUUGCCCCCUACAACAUUACAAGUGAUGCUGGAUGGGGUUGCAUGCUAAGGUCGGCACAGAUGAUGCUGGGUCAAGCCCUUCGCUUGCAUUUCAAGUCGCGGGAUUGGCGACCUCCGCAACUUUUGGCACGCAGACGGCAGGAUUCAUUUAUUAGAAGCGUUUUGACCUGGUUUGCGGAUUAUCCUUCUUCAAGUGAGAGCGUAUACUCACUGCAUAACAUGGUAGCAGCUGGACUUUCCAAGUACGAUAAGCUUCCAGGGGAAUGGUAUGGACCAGGUACAGCUUGCUAUGUGAUGCGCGACUUGGUACAUAUUCAUGAGAAGCAACAAGCUUUGGGAAAAACUCGUCUUGAUCGGCGCAUAUUUCGGGUCUAUGUUGCUCCACAAGGUACCGUAUAUCGAGAUACUAUUCAUGCCUUCAUGACGACAGAAGCUAGAGUACGGAUCGAAGAAAAAAAGAAAGUGAAGGAGCAAACUCAACCUCAAGCUCAUCCCUUAGAUUUGGAAUGGGAAGAAGAGCUCAUGGAAUCGGCGAACACUGUUGAAUGGGAUACAGCACUGUUGCUAUUGGUACCGUUGCGGCUUGGACUGACUAGCUUAAAUGAAGAGUACGUGCAAUCUCUUGCCCACACCUUCAGCUUGCCACAAUCGGUAGGUGUUUUGGGUGGUCGUCCGCGUGGAGCCCGCUGGUUUUACGGAGCGCAAAAGGACGGGAGUAAAAUUUUCGGGCUGGAUCCUCAUACGGUACAAACAGCACCCGGUCGACAGACGGCACGCGUCAACGGUCAAGCUUCGUCGGUCGUUGAGCUAUCUGACGACUACUUACGAUCAUGCCACACAACCUGCCCUGAAAUGUUUCCUUUUUGCAAGAUGGACCCAAGCAUUGCACUUGGAUUUUAUUGUCGGACGAGAGCUGAUUUGAAUCACGUUUUGAAUUCCAUGGGGGCUUGGCAAAAAGAACAUUCAUCUAUUCCAGAGCUUUUUAGUGUUUUGGAUAGGGCUCCAGAUUACUCGGCCAACGUCGACGAUCUUCUUUUGGGAGGGGAUUCCUCAAUGAUGGAGACUUCUGGCUUUGAAGACGAAGCAAGUGACGCAGAUGAAUACGUUAUGCUGUGA